AUCUGACGUCCUGCUCGCUCGGACAGAUCGCCAGCCACGUACUCUGCCAAGCCACGGGAAGGACCUCCUCGCACCAGGCCAUGGCACUCGCGUCCACCUCCGCCACCGCGUCCGUGGCCGUGCUCAAGACUCCGUUCCUCGGGGCCAGGCGCGCGCUCGCAAAUGCCGCCUCCGUCGCCGCCAAGCCCGCGCCCCGCCGCGCUCUCGUCCUCACCGCCGCCGCCAAGAAGUCCUGGAUCCCCGCCUUCAAGAGCGACGCCGAGUUCAUCAACCCCCCAUGGCUCGACGGCUCGCUCCCCGGUGACUUCGGGUUCGACCCGCUGGGCCUGGGCAAGGACCCGGCGUUCCUCAAGUGGUACAGGGAGGCGGAGCUGAUCCACGGGCGGUGGGCGAUGGCGGCGGUGCUGGGCAUCUUCGUUGGGCAGGCGUGGAGCGGCAUCCCGUGGUUCGAGGCCGGCGCCGACCCGAGCGCCAUCGCGCCCUUCUCCUUCGGGUCCCUCCUCGGCACGCAGCUGCUGCUCAUGGGGUGGGUGGAGUCGAAGCGGUGGGUGGACUUCUUCAACCCGGACUCGCAGUCCGUGGAGUGGGCCACCCCGUGGUCGCGCACCGCCGAAAACUUCUCCAACUUCACCGGCGACCAGGGUUACCCGGGCGGCAAGUUCUUCGACCCGCUCAGCCUCGGCGGCACCAUCAAGGACGGCGUAUACAUCCCCGACGAGGAGAAGCUCGAGCGGCUCAAGCUGGCCGAGAUCAAGCACGCGCGCCUCGCCAUGCUCGCCAUGCUCAUCUUCUACUUCGAGGCCGGGCAGGGCAAGACGCCGCUCGGCGCGCUCGGGUUAUGAGGGCAGCCACCACGACGGCCUCGGCGUCUGUACUUGUACUCAUCGAUCGAAUAGACCGAGCUAGUUUUCGCUUGCACGCGUGGUAUGGGACGGCUGCAUGAGAUUAGACGCAUGCAUGAAUGGAUUUUGCGUUGGAUCGAUUGGGUUGGAGGUCAGAGAAGCAGCAGCAAUGUAUCUGUGUUCGUGACUUCUUUCAGGUGGUGUGCGUGAAUCAAAUGGGGAAUCAAGGAGUUCUUUUUUUUUUCCAUCAUGUAUGUACCAUGUAGUAUAUAGUCUGGAUCGAUUUGUGGAAUUAAUCAAGACAGGAUGAGUGAGGACAUUUGAUUGGUC